AUCAAAUCUGAACACCUUGUUGUGGCAUUGGACCCUUUAAGUCCCCCAUAGUUCCUCACGCUCUUCUCUCUGUCGAGGAUGUGUUUCUGCUCACAGGCAAAGCCCAUUGUCCCCCAGGGUCCCACCCAAACAUUCCUUCCCCAGUGAAAUCUGUCUCCCACCCUCAGGCAGAACUCAUUGCUUCCUCCUCAGGGAGGAGGACAGGAUUCCCUGUCACACUUAGUCACACAUUGUCAUAGCUGAUUGUGCAUAAGUCUUUCUGCCCACUCCCUGCCUGGGCUCAGGAGGACAGAGGCCCUGUUGGAUUCAUUGUGAGCCCCAGCACAUCUUACCACAGACCAGAGAGUAGGUAUCAGUUCAUGGGUGUUGAGUGAGCGAGGUCUGCUUCUCUGUGAUCCCUGGGCAGCUCCCAGGUCUUGUGAUAACUGGUUUCUUUGGGAAAAUGGGCAGUUUGGGGCUCUUGUUGCAAAUGGAGGGGAGGGGAGCACACUGGUUUAAAAAGGUUAAUGGUAUUCUUGGAAGUGGCUUUGUAAACACUAAGAAGGAGGAAGUGGUUUUUUUCCAAGGUACAACAAUACUUAAUGAACUCUACUGCCUGCCAGGAUCUGGGGCCAUACUGACCUGUUCUUAGUCCUUAAACAGCCCAUUUGAGAAGAAAGGGCCAAGGACCAGGCCAAGGGUAAAGAAAGUGUGAUGCGGAAAUGUGCUGGAGGGACCCCUGAUUCAUCUUAGGUGGGUCAGGCAAGCCACGCAGUUACAUGAGAGCCAUAGAAGACAGUGAGGCAGAGGAUGACGGUGCAUUCCUGGUAAAGGGAGCAAUGCAGAGGCACAGGCAUGAGAGAGCAAAGUCAUGUUCCACAGCAAAAGAAGUCAAGACAGAUAAGAAGGUGGAGUAUUGCGAGGGUGGGUCAGGGAAUGGAAUACGUAGAGGCCAGAUGAUAAAGAACCUUGUAUUUUUGCUUUCCUGACAGGAGCUGGUGGUCUUAGGGUCUAACAUAGGUCUAGGAAGGACAAAUCACACCAGAUUUAUCUUUUUCUUUUGGGGUAGGGUGACUAGACUGUCAGAUGAGAGGAUCAGAUACAUGGUGGGCAAAGAUGGUGUGUGGGGUGUUAGGCCAGUUCAGUAGCUUCAUAGUUGCUUUACUGUUCUCUUACAGUCCUAUUUAGUUUUAGUAUCUAGAUUAGUAUCUAUCUGAGCAGUGGCUCCCACUAGCACCUCACAGCCCAGUGAAGUAAAAUGUUUUUUAUCAGUGACUUGGAUAAGAAUACUGAUGGCAUAUGAACAAAGUUUACAAAUAACAGGAAGGCAAGAGGUGUAGGGAAGACAAGGGAUGAUAAGACUCAAAACAGACCUCAAAGAGCAGAAACUUUGUAACAAGAGUUACAUAGGGAAUAAAGUGCCCUGUGUGAUAAUGAGCAUCCCGUCACAAGGUGCGUUCCAGUCUUGGCAAGGACAGAUACAGAAAUGAUUUCAAUAUCAGGUAAUAGGUUGGACUGGACCGAGGGUUGGCUGACUUCUUCAGCAAAGUGUCGGAGAGUAAAUAUUUUAGACUUUGCAGGCCAUAUAAUCUCUGUUGCAACUACUCAGCUCUGCCUCACAGGCAAGCAGCCAGAGACAAUAAGCUAAAGAACAGGUUUGGCUGUGUUCCAAUAAAACUUUGUUUGCAAAAACAGGCAUCUGCAUAGAUUUGGCCUACGAGCUGUAUUUUGCCAACCCUCCCAAACACUCAUCUACCUAACAGUACCUGUCAGUGGCCAGGUUUUCAUAGUGAAAUAAAAAUAGGGACAAUGUAAUGAGUUUUGUAUCAAACUAAAUUUAUUCUCUUUAAAUGAUCCUGAAUUUUUUUGGUUCCUGCUUUUUUGCUACUAAUAUGUAUACUAAUAUGUAUUUUUUAGUGUUUUUUUAUACAAAAUGAGGGUUACAGUAGAUGGCAGUUUUCAAAUUGUCCUUUGCUCUUUAGUGAUUGCUUUACUAAAAACUAGUCUGCAGAUUGCCUUUUUGAGAUGUUAUGAGCCUCUGCAAGUGCCUGGGAAUCAGUAGUCCAGGAGGCCAUGAAAGUGUGUCCUGCAGUCUCAUGCUCAUACUCUGUCUCCUUGCCUGCCUCCUGGGCCUGCUGGCAGCUGUAGUUGGGGCUGGAAUUGGAGGAUCUGCCGUGACCCAUUUCCUUCAGCAGCAUUUUGGCCCCCACGUGCAGAUCGAUGUGUUUGAGAAGGCGACAGUGGGUGGCCGCUUGGCCACCAUCUCAGUCAACAAACAGCACUAUGAGAGCGGGGCCGCCUCUUUCCACUCCCUGAGCCUACACAUGCAGGACUUCGUCAAGCACCUGGGGCUGAAGCACCGGCGAGAGGUGGUGGGCAGGAGUGCCAUCUUCGGUGGGGAGAACUUUGUGCUAGAGGAGACGGACUGGUACCUGCUGAACCUCUUCCGCCUCUGGUGGCACUACGGCAUCAGCUUCCUGCGACUGCAGAUGUGGGUGGAGGAGGUCAUGGAGAAAUUCAUGAGGAUCUAUAAGUACCAGGCCCAUGGUUAUGCCUUCUCGGGUGUGGAGGAGCUGCUCUACUCAUUGGGGGAAUCCAGCUUCAUCAACAUGACCCAACGCUCUGUGGCUGAGUCCCUGCUCCAGGUGGGCGUCACACAGCGCUUUAUCGAUGACAUCGUCUCUGCCGUCCUUCGGGCCAGCUACGGCCAGUCAGCAGCGAUGCCCGCCUUUGCUGGAGCCAUGGCGCUAGCGGGGGCCCAAGGCAUCCUGUGGUCUGUGGAGGGAGGCAACAAGCUCGUUUGUUCUGGUCUGCUGAAGCUCACCAAGGCCAAUGUGAUCCAUGCCACAGUGACCUCUGUGACCCUGCAACAUACAGAAGGGAAACCCUUGUACCAGGUAGAAUAUGAGAACGAGGUGGGCACUGGCUUUGACUUCUACGACAUAGUGGUCAUUGCCACCCCCCUGCACCUGGACAACAGCAGCACCAUCACCUUUGAAGGCUUCGACCCGCCCAUUGAUGUCAUCCAGGACUCUUUCCAGCCCACCGUUGUCUCCUUGGUCCACGGCUACCUCAAUUCCUCCUACUUCGGGUUCCCUGACCCUAAGCUUUUCCCAUUCGCCAGUAUCCUUACCACAGACUUCCCUACCUUCUUCUGUGCCCUAGACAAUAUCUGCCCGGUGAACAUCUCAACCAACUUCCGGCGGAAGCAGCCUCAGGAGGCAGCCGUUUGGCGAGUCCAGUCCCCCAAGCCCCUCCUCCGGUCCCAGCUAAAGACCCUCUUCCGCUCCUAUUAUUCAGUGCAGACAGCCGAGUGGCAGGCCCACCCCGUCCAUGGCUCCCGCACCUCCCUCCCUCGCUUCGCACUCCACGACCAGCUCUUCCACCUCAAUGCCCUGGAGUGGGCGGCCAGCUCCGUGGAGGUCAUGGCUGUAGCUGCCAAGAACGUGGCCCUGCUGGCUUACAACCGCUGGUACCAGGACCUAGACAAAAUUGACCAAAAGGACUUGAUGCACAAGGUGAAGACCGAACUGUGAGGGCUCCAGGGUGAGCCUGGGAAUGUCCAUCCGUGCUGAAGAUGGAUCACCCCCACAGUGGCCAAGCUGCGCAAGCUGCGCCCACCCACCCUGCCUCCUCCUGACCCUCCUGUGUCGAUCAAGUGUCAUCUCUCUAGUGUGGGCCCAGGUGGCCUGCUCUCUGCCUCUAUCUUAAGGAUUCUCAGAGUGGUUGUUCCUUUUUAAGGGAGAGAGUAAGAGAAGGGAGGGAAAUUCAAACUAGUGUGUUCAUUUUAUUUAUUUUUUUAAAAGAAGAAAUAAAAAUCCAUCUUCUCCAGCUGCUUCGGACUUGGUUUUCUAAUAGGAGACAGGAAUGAUGAUGGGAAGGAAUAUAAGACAGAGAACUCUGAGUCCAGUUUAUUGUUUAGCACUGCCUACUCCCACAUGUAACCAGGUGGUUACAAAUAAAGUAGAAGGGAAAAUCAGAAAGCAGAGGGCUUGUUGGAUGUGAGGUACCUAGUUAAGAACUUAUUAGACACUAUCUAAGCCUCUCAGUGACACCACAUGUUGAGGGAGAUGACUAUGAUAGGACCCAAGGAAGAGAUAGUUACCCCAGUAGGGCUGUCAGUAUAGCUCUGAGCUUCCUGGCAACCAAUGGAAAAUGGGAAACAUACUGGCCAUAGGAAGAGGAAAACUUCCUUGGCACCUGGAGGAAUUGACCAUUCUGCCCAUUAUGCAGGGAUUGAAGAGUAUAACAAUGAUCUGUCUUGCAAGAAGACAAGACCCUAGGUGGUGGAGGGCAGUUAUACCUGAUCCCCAAACAUUGAUUCC